GAGAGCAAAGCAGAGGGAGGCGGAGGCAAACUUCUGAGGGAGAGGCAGAGAGAGAGAGAGAGAGAGAGAGAGAGAGGGAGGAAAAUAGAUCAGAGCACCGAGAGAGGGAGAGGGAGGCAGCAGAAAUCGAUGGCUGCAACAAUGGAGCUUUAGGAUCCAGAGAAGGUGCUGGUCCGCCUGCAAGCGGCUGGGGAAGAGGGUGCAGAUACUCUAUUUGAGGAGGGGGGUGGGGGGAGGAAGAGAAGGAGGAGGAUGGGCCUGGAAGACAGCCUUGCAAUGGCUCUGCAAAAAUUGGAUUAAAGCAGUAUGCUGGACAAGAGUGAGGUGGCAACCUUAGGCCUGCCCUCCAACACCAGCCAUGGAGGCUCUGACAGCAACAUCAGCACGGACGGAUCAGGAGUGGUUGCGGCCGGGGCAGUAGGGGGGGCGGAGGGUUCGAGUGCCGGCGAGCCCCAGCGGACCCGUGUGGCUUUAGAGCACCUGCAGCAGAAGAUCCUGAAAGUCACCGAGCAGAUCCGCGUGGAGCAGGAGGCGAGGGACGAUAACGUGGCUGAGUAUCUGAAGCUGGCCCACAACGCAGACAAACAGCAGGCCUCCAGGAUCAAGCAGGUGUUUGAGAAGAAGAACCAGAAGUCGGCACAGACCAUCGCACAUCUGCACAAGAAGCUAGAGCAUUAUCAUAAGAAGCUAAAGGAGAUAGAGCAGAAUGGACCAGCCCGGCAGCCCAAGGAUGUCCUCCGGGACAUGCAGCAGGGGUUAAAGGACGUGAGGGCCAAUGUUCGUGCUGGGAUAAGCGGGUUUGGUGGUGGGGUGGUCGAGGGGGUCAAAGGCGGCGUCUCGGCCCUCACUCACACGGCCGUGGUCUCCAAGCCCAGAGAGUUCGCCAGCCUGAUCAGAAACAAGUUUGGCAGUGCAGAUAAUAUCGCUCACCUGAAGGACUCGCUUGAGGACGGAGUUGGGGGCAACUCUGAGGACGCCCCCACACCCCGAGCCCUGAGCGGGAGCGCGACUUUGGUGUCCAGUCCAAAGUACGGCAGUGAUGACGAGUGCUCCAGCGCAACAUCUGGCUCUGGAGCAGGCAGUAACUCUGGUGGGGCCGGAGCAGGAGGAGGAGGAGGAGGGGUGUUAGGGCCAACGAUGGGGAGUCCCCGACUGGACGGGCACCACCACCACCACCAUCACAUGCACAGCUCAUGGGACUCCCUACUGGAGGGGCUGCAGGACAUCAAGGCCAGCCAGACGCACAUGGAGGACGCCAUCGAGGACAUGAAGGGCCAGCUGCAGAGUGACUACUCCUACAUGUCGCAGUGCCUGCAGGAGGAGAGAUAUAGGUAUGAAAGACUUGAAGAGCAGCUGAAUGAUCUAACAGAGCUGCACCAGAAUGAAAUGACCAACCUUAAACAGGAGCUGGCCAGUAUGGAGGAGAAGGUGGCCUACCAGUCCUAUGAGAGAGCCAGAGACAUUCAGGAAGCCGUGGAGUCGUGCUUGACCCGCAUCACCAAGCUGGAGCUGCAGCAGCAGCAGCAGCAGGUGGUUCAGCGGGAGGGGGUGGAGAACGCCAACGCUAGAGCUCUCCUGGGGAAGCUCAUCAACGUCAUCCUGGCGCUCAUGGCCGUGCUCCUGGUCUUUGUUUCCACUCUGGCCAACUUCAUCACCCCACUGAUGAAGACCAGGGCGCGCGUGGCCGCCACCGUGCUGCUGACCUUGCUGCUGUUUGUCCUGUGGAAGCAGUGGGACUAUGUGGAACCAUGGCUGUUGCCUAGCUAAAACUUAAGACUUUAAGAAGUGAUAGAACAAGGAGACACAAAAAAAGCUUGAUCAAAAAGAGGCAGAUGGACUUAUCUUUAAAGUUGGGAAGUUACCACAGUUCAUUUCAUCCAACUCUUUAGGAGUGGAUGAUAAACCAUAAAACCCAUUGCUAUCACCAAAAAGAAAAAAAAAAGUUUCCUGCAAGAAAUCAGUUUUUCUUUUCACUAUUUAAGACACACAAAGGAUCAACUUGACUGUAAAUCUUCAUGUUGAAGCUGCAGCAUAUUAGAGACGUUGUUUUUCUCCAUGAAUGUUACGUGCUUUCAUGCAUGUUCUCAGAUGCAUCCAGCUGGCAUGAGUUAGCACCCCAUUAAUGACCAAUAAAUGUGUUUUCUGCCAUUUCCUUCAGGAACUAAAGUGCAGUUAUGUUGUUUCUUCACUCAGUCGUUCUUUUGGUUUUUAUCACACCCUGUUCAGGUGUUAAAGCUGUGCUUUUAGAUGUUUUUUUGAUUUGGAGGGUGGGAUAGCCGAAUCAUAAUAAUAUGUUAAAACUUACAACACUGAAUGAAAUAAUUGAUUCUGUUCACAAUUACUAACAUUGUAGACCUACAGCUAUCCACCGUGUCAAAUUACCUGGCAUGUCAAAGUUUGUAUCCAGUUUGCAAAAACAAUUGUUGCUGUUUUAUUAAAACAAUGUGACAAAUAAAUAAUU